AUGUUUAUUUGUUACAAAUUUAUGGAUAAAUUGACGUUUUUAAACAAGUUGGAGAAGUAUUUCUUCACCUACGACCACGACCUUAUUUUUUUCACUGAAGUGGAACUCCUGAGGUCCCAAUGCAGAAACGCCCUAAAAGAAAUGAUACAAUUCAACGAAGUUGAUAAGAGAAGGCAUUGGAUUGUAAUUUUUAGGGAAAUGAUCAACAUUUGCAACAAUUAUUAUAGGCCGGACAACAAGGACCUAGAAAUAGAGGUCAACGGCAAAACAAUAUUACUAGACCACAAAUACAUAAUUUCAUAUGAGUUUUAUGAAUUCGUUUUGUAUCUGACCAAGGACGAAAGUCUCAAGGAAACAGUACACCUGACGAUAACUGAAAUAAUAAGGAACAUCAAGAACUCACUACAUACGAUAAAAGAUAUGAGUUCAACGUAUGUGCUGAGCGAACUUCUCUUGUUAGUAGUUGGAGUCAAAAUGAGUUUCACAACUGAAUACUUAAUUAUAGUAAUAAAUAUUCUCGAAAGUUCGAUUAGAGAAAAUAACUUCACAUUUGUAAAUGUACAUGAAAUUACAAUACACCUGAAAUUAAUAAUGCAUUUGGUGGAAGAUUCCACGAUCAAACAAAAUGUAAAAGAAAAAAUAGCAUCUAAUUACAGUUAUUUAUAUAUGUAUAUAUUUCGUAGAAUGUGUUACUCGAUAAGGAUUCGGAAUUUAGAAAAAAUUUGGAAGAUUUGUCAAAAGUAA